UGAAGCUGCAGGGCCCCGAUGAGGCUAAACAAACAGCGGACAGCCCAAACACACCAGGUCGGGAGCGAGGACACGCACGUAGACAUUCCAGUGCAGAGGCCCAUCACGAGGAGGGGGAGGAGUUAACUGACCAGACUGCUACGUUAACAUUAACAUCAGCAACUGCUAGGGCUCGGGCUCAGAGUGAUAGUCAACAUGAUCGUAGAAGAGAUGGAUCCAAAGAAAAUGGACAGGGAGUAGGUAGUGGUGGAGAGGAUGAUGGCAGUGGGACACCCCCUAUUCCUCCUCGUAGAAAAGAUAAACGUCGACAUAAUACUCCCCCAAGACCACAGUCGAAUGGCCUUCCACCUACACCAAAGGUCCAUAUGGGUGCUUGCUUCUCUAAGGUUUUCAAUGGGUGCCCACUACACAUACACUGUACAGCUUCUUGGAUCCAUCCAGACACUCGUGACCAACAUAUUCUUAUAGGAGCAGAAGAGGGAAUAUACACCCUCAACCUUAAUGAGUUACAUGAGGCUGCCAUGGAGCAGUUAUUACCCACCAGAACCACAUGGAUGUUUGUAAUUAAAGAUGUCCUCAUGACAAUAUCAGGCAAGGGCCCCUACUUGUAUCGUCAUGAGUUGAUUGGACUCCACAACCGGCAUUUGCACAAAUUUUCUUUACCCAUGAAUAAAAUACCAGAAAAAUUUUUACCAAGGAAAUAUACCAUCACCACCAAGGUUCCUGAUACAAAAGGCACUCUUCGAUGUUGUGUGGGACGCAACCCAUACAAUGGGUAUAAGUACCUCUGUGGUGCCACCAACUCGUCUUUGUACCUGAUGCAGUGGUAUGAUCCACUCAAUAAGUUUAUGCUGUUAAAGCAAAGUGAGUGUUACCUGCCUCAUCCCCUUAGAGUUUUUGAGAUGAUAAUCACACCUGACUUGGAGUACCCACUCAUGUGUGUAGAUGUAAACCGUAGCUAUGGGGCAGAUGAUGUUCUUCGGCACAGCCUUAUCAACCUCAACACUGGAACUACAUGGACUCCGGAUGAUGAUGAUGAGGAUGGAAUGGCAACUGUUGUGCCUAGACACAACCUUAAUGUAAAAAAUGUUACUCAGAUUGAAAAAGAUGCCAUAUUAGUCUGUUAUGAAAAUGUGGUGAGAGUAGUCAACUUGCAAGGUAAAAUUAAAGAGAGGAAAAAGCAAACCUCUGAACUUCAGUUUGAUUUCAACAUAGACUCAAUAGUGUGUUUAACAGAUAGUGUUCUGGCCUUCCACGAGCAUGGUAUGCAAGGUCGAAGCUUCAAGAAUGGUGAAAUCACUCAAGAGAUAAUUGACAAUUCACGGCUAUUCAGAUUACUAGGCUCUGACAGAAUUAUCACCUUGGAGAGCCGGCCAUCAUCAAUGCUAGAGUGUGAUAGUGGGACAUUGACUGAGGCCAACCAGGGUGUCAACCUCUAUAUUCUGGCUGGUCAUGAGUCUAGUAUGUACUAGCCACCAGAUAUUAUGAAGUGUUAAAUAAAGGACCUGUGUCGAGAAGAACACUGGAAAUGGUCUGAAGUGAGGUAAUGUGGUUCUGAUUGUGAUAAGCAUAUUGUGCUGAAGUAUCAAGUAUACUAUGUACUCUGCUGCUCUUUGAAGCGAGAAGCUGGCAAAGGCCAUUUUUUUAAGAUUUAAUCUGCAUUAAAGUGGCCUGAUUUAAAAA